AUGUCUUCAAGUCUUGAUAUUAGUAUCGAUACUUCAGAGAUAUUAGACAUUGCUGAAAAACUUAUUGAUGAUGUUGAAAAAAAAAUUGCUCAAGUUAAUUAUGGUAUAAAGAAUUUUCGUCUUGAUGACAGCAGCUACGCUGAUGAAAGUGUGUUAUAUAUACGAGAAGUUGUUAAUGCUAAAUUCAAGGAAUUAAAUCGUGACAUAUUGUCACUUGAUGAUAAUUAUUGUUCUGAUGGAAACGAAAUUGAAUAUCAACAUUGUCAUUGCGAACAACGAAACAAUAAUACGAUGGAGAUGCCUAGAGUUUUUACAUUAAAUAAUAAUAACAAUAAACAAAUAAUUACUAAUGAAGAACAAAAAAGUGGUUCGGAAAGUAAACCCCAAUUGAAAGUUAAAAUAAAAAAAGGUAUUUUGAAUAAAACUGAUUCUAUUAAAAGUCAAUCUAGUCAAUUAUCAGUAAUUAGCUCACUAAAACUUGAUUUAUUAUCAAAUGAUAAUAAUAUCAUUAAGAGAAAUAAUUCUAACAUAUCUGAAUUGAAAAAUGACUCGUGCGAACAAAAACAAAAAAAAGAAAGUUCUGUUGAUAUUGCAGUACAAACAAGUAUUCAAGAAACCCCGCAUAAAAAACCUGCUUCAUUAGAUAAAUCUCAAGACUUGCUGACUGAAAAAAAUAUUUCUAGUGAUUCAAUAAGUAAUGAUAAAAUAAAACCAGAAACAAUAAAUCCAGAUGAUGAUAAACGACAACAUUUGUGUAAAACUAAUUUCCAACAACGACAUAUAAAUGAAAAUACUAAAAAAUCAAAUGGAUCCUUUAUUGAAUUUAUGUGCCGAAUUGUUGAGUUAGAAACUAAUAAUGUUAAUGAAAUGAAUACUGAUGACUUGAUAGAAGAAAAUCGACAUCAAUUAAGUUAUAAUAAAACUACUGAAGAUGAAAUAAUUAAUGAUGAUUUUGAUUUCAACAAAAUUAAUCUCUAUUCACCGAAAUUUGAACACGUUGAUAAAAUAUUGAAUAAAUUCGAUGAAAAGAUGAAAACUUUUUCAGAGAAUGCGAAUAAAUUGGUUAAUAUAUUUUCUCAAAUUGUAGUCUGUAAUAAUAAUAGCAAUAUUAAUUUAAAAAUAACUAAAAGUGAUACUAGAGAAAAAAAUUUUGAUGGAGUGGAGUUAUCAUUUAAAGCGCAAACAAGAAAUUUAAGUCCAGAAACAACUAUUACUAGUGAAUCGCUUAAGCCAGCUGAAAGAUUUUCAACUCCAUUGAAUAAUUAUUCUGUUAAUAUUGAUGCAAAAAAUAUUUCUAAUGACAUUGAAGAACUUCCAACGCCUAUUAUCAAACCUGAUAUCAAUAAUGAUUCAAAAGUUUUUAUAACAAGGAAUAAGCUUUCUCUAUCAGCAAGUACUAUAGAAAAUUGUGAUAAAGUUACUGCUCAUGAUAAAUCCGAAAUUGAACUUCAUUUAUCAGAAACUCUUCAAAAGAUACAAAAACAAAUUAACGAAAAAAGACAUUCAGAUGAAUGUCAUGAUUUCUCUUAUAACGAUAAUGUUAAAAAAUUUGACUGUCAACAAGAGACUGAAGUAAAUUAUAAAGUUCUUGAAAAUAGUUUUAAUAUAACUAAUCAAAAAAUAUGUGGCAACAAGAAAAAACAAUUUGAAACUACAAAAUCUUCCUUUUCAAAUGAAAAAACACUAUCUAAAAGUGUUAAGUUACGACAAAGUUCUAAAAAUACUCCAUUAGAAAUAAAUCAAAAUGUAGAACCUGAUUAUGUGGAAGUGAAUUUAGUUGUUGAUUCAUCUAAAGACGAUCUUCGAGAUCGUACUUCUUUUGAUGUUUCAGGAAUUUACUCUGAAAGUUUUGAAACAGCUUCUUUUUCUGAAAAUGAAAAUACAUUAGAUGAACUUAAAAAUUCAAAUGAUGAUAAAAUUGAAAAUUUCGAAUUGAAUAAAGAAAACCAUGGAGAAUUUGAACCUUGUUUAUCGAUUGAUUGUGAAAAAAAUAAUACAAAUCUCUAUAAUGUAAUUGAAGAAUUAAAAGAUAAAUCACAAACUGGUGAAAAAAUAAUACCUAUUUCUGAUAAUAAAAAAAAUUCAAUAGAUAUAGCAAAUAGCUUAAAUUUAAGCAUUCAAUCAUCGACUAAACAAAGUGAAGAUAAAAAACAAACAUCAUCAUUAUCUUUAAAAUCAUUUCAAUUACUAGAAAAGAUCCCAUCGGUUGAAAUAUUACAAGAAAAAAAGGAAAAAAAUAGUUCAGGUGAAUAUUCAGAAGGUGAAUUACCUCUGCCGUUUUCGUUGGGUGAAGUAAGAGUAAAUGGUACUCCUGAUUCACAAGAAAAUGAAAAUUCAAAUUAUUAUCAGAACUUAACUGAUCAAAUACAUAAUAUUUUGAAUUCAUCACUCAAAAGUCUUGGUGAAAUAUUAAACUCCAAUGGGGACUCAACAUCCAGUAAGGAAAAAAAAUUCAUAUUACUUGAACAUUUGAUAGCUAAAAUAUAA